GUGCGCACAGCGCGUGUCCCGGGCUACACGCCGGAAAGACACCUUCCUCCUUGGCAAAGGGGAAGAAGAGUACAGGUCCCCAGUGGGCGGGGUUUGCAGCACCUGAGGUCGUCAUGGCUACGGAGCCCAAGACCCCUGAGGCCGCCUUGGCUGUGGAGCCCGCGGUGCCAUCGCUUUUGGAUAGUUACUUCACUCGCUGGUACGAAGCGGUUUUUGCUGAAGAGGGUUUGAAGCUUGCUUCAAGUGUGCAAGUUUUCUCAAAACAGCUGAAAGAUGAUGAUAAGUUUAUGCUUCUCCUGGAAAUCAACAAGCUUGUUCUUCUCUGCUACCAGCUCCAGACAGUAAGUAAGACACCUUUGCAGAAUCAAGUGUUUCUAAAGGUUGAUCAGAGUAUUACAAAGACAAGAGGCAUAAUGGCUAUUUUCAACCAACUUCUCUCGUUUUGCUAUAAACUGCUGAAGAAGAGUAAAGCAGAAACCAAUUGUCUUAAUUCUUUCCAGCUUCAAGUGGAAAACCACCGAUGGAUCUCAGAUAGAAAUAAAGAUUCUGUGGACUGUAAAACUUGAGAAGCUCUUGCGGUCAGAUCUCUGCAACACCAUGUGGCAAAGCUGACAUUUUUAGAAAGCAAACGAUCCUGUAUAUUUCAGAACUACAACAAUUUUGGAAAGAAAACAAACUGAAAUCUUGCUUUAUUUUCUGAUCAUGAAACGGAUUGUGAAGCUUUCUGACAACUAUAAAUGCCAUGGUAGUUGCUCUAUUUCUAAUUGCAGUGUGAUUUUAAAUGGGACAUUGCCAUGAAUAGUGUUCUUUAAAAGGCAAACCAAAUAUCCUUACUGCCUUCAUGACAACUUAAUCCAAAGAAGCUAUUUUGAAAAUAUGCUCACCUUUGGCACAUUUGACCCUAACUUCCUAUGUUUCUUAACUUUCAGCUUAUCAUCUGGGACACUGAUUUGCAGCAGAAGAAACACAGUAGUCUGGGUGAUGCAG